AGCCGAGGCAGCCGACCCUGCCACGAUGCUGCUGAAGAAGCCUGCAGGGAAAGGAGGCGCCCUAGAACCGGGCUCCGAGGACCGGAGCCCCGCGGGGCAGCGUUGUGCCCGGACCGUGCCCCCGUGCGCAGCUCUGGCGGCACUCCUGUCAGUGGUGGCCGUCAUGUCUUGUCUGUACCUGGGGGUGAAAACCAACGACCUCCAGGCAAGGAUCGCCGCUCUCGAAUCCGCCAAAGGGGACCCUUCUAUCCAUCUGCUCCCUGAUUGCCUGGAUCAGCUGAAAGCAGUGGUGCAAGAGAAAGUGGAGCGACUUCUGGCUCAGAAAUCCUAUGAACAUAUGGCUAAAAUAAGAAUCGCAAGAGAAGCACCUUCAGAAUGCAACUGCCCAGCAGGCCCUCCUGGGAAACGAGGUAAGAGAGGCCGAAGAGGAGAAUCUGGUCCUCCUGGUCAGACUGGUCCUCAGGGCCCUCCUGGUCCAAAAGGUGAUAAGGGAGAACAAGGUGAUCAGGGACCUCGGAUGGUGUUUCCUAAAAUCAAUCAUGGGUUUCUCUCUGCUGAUCAGCAGCUCAUUAAACGCCGCCUGAUUAAGGGUGACCAAGGACAGGCUGGGCCUCCAGGUCCCCCAGGCCCUCCAGGCCCAAGAGGACCUCCUGGGGACACAGGAAAAGAUGGCCCCCGUGGAAUGCCAGGAGUGCCCGGUGAACCAGGGAAACCAGGAGAACAAGGCUUCAUGGGUCCUUUGGGGCCUCCAGGACAAAAGGGUUCUGUUGGAGCACCUGGAAUUCCAGGGAUGAAUGGGCAAAAGGGUGAGCCUGGGUUGCCUGGAGCAGUAGGACAAGACGGAAUACCAGGGCCAAAGGGAGAACCUGGAGAACGAGGAGAAAAGGGAGAUGCUGGAGAGAGUGGCCCCAAAGGUGACACAGGCGAAAAGGGUGACCCAGGAUCAUCUGCUGCAGGAAUUAAGGGAGAACCUGGAGAAUCUGGUCGUCCAGGGCAAAAGGGUGAACCAGGGCUUCCUGGGCUUCCUGGACUUCCGGGGAUAAAGGGAGAACCAGGUUUCAUUGGUCCUCAAGGAGAGCCAGGCUUACCAGGGUUACCAGGCACAAAGGGUGAGCGUGGGGAGGCAGGGCCUCCUGGAAGGGGCGAGCGAGGGGAGCCUGGAACCCCUGGACAAAAGGGGAAACAAGGUGAAUCAGGAGCUAGAGGCCCAAAAGGGUCAAAGGGUGACCGUGGAGACAAAGGGGACUCUGGAACCCUGGGACCAAGGGGUCCACCUGGUCAGAAGGGGGAUCAAGGAGCCACCGAGAUCAUAGACUAUAAUGGCAACCUCCAUGAAGCCUUGCAGAGGAUUACCACCUUAACUGUCACGGGUCCCCCUGGACCACCAGGACCUCAAGGACUACAAGGGCCAAAGGGAGAGCCAGGAUCUCCAGGAAUCCCAGGAGUUGAUGGAGAGCAGGGACUCAAAGGCUCAAAGGGAGAUGUGGGGGACCCGGGUAUGCCAGGUGAAAAAGGAGGAAUCGGACUUCCUGGAUUACCGGGUGCCAAUGGAAUGAAAGGGGAAAAAGGAGACUCUGGAUUGCCAGGUCCUCAGGGCCCUUCCAUCAUAGGCCCACCAGGCCCACCAGGGCCCCAUGGCCCACCAGGCCCCAUGGGACCCCAUGGACUUCCUGGACCAAAGGGUGAACCAGGGUUAAAUGGUGUUAAAGGAUUGAAGGGUGAACCAGGUCAAAAGGGUGACAGAGGACCCCUUGGUCUUCCAGGAGCAUCUGGCUUAGACGGAAAGCCAGGAGCCCGGGGUACAGAUGGCCCUAUGGGACCCCAUGGCCCUGCAGGUCCCAAAGGAGAAAGGGGUGAAAAAGGAGCUAUGGGAGAGCCCGGACCCAGAGGGCCCUAUGGUCUGCCUGGGAAAGAUGGCGAGCCUGGUCUUGAUGGCUUCCCUGGUCCACGCGGUGAGAAGGGUGAUGUAGGAGAAAAGGGAGAAAAGGGGGAAAAGGGAAAGAAAGGCAAAAAGGGGCCUAAAGGGGAGAAAGGAGAACAGGGUGCCCCUGGAUUAGAUGCACCUUGCCCGUUGGGGCCAGAUGGAUUGCCCAUGCCUGGAUGUUGGCAAAAGUGAUGAAUCUAACCUUCCGAGCAUGAAGUUGUGUAUAUAAUGGUCCACUUUUUAUAUUUAUAAUUGAAAAUUGAAUUGCAGAUUUUACAAGUCUGACAUAUGUUUACAUAGAGCUACUUCUUCCUGUUUGCAGUAGCACACAUGUCUGUCUUUUUUUCGCUUACAUCUGAAAUUGGGCAAUACGUGAAACUAGUGAGAAGCCUGCAAAAAAUAUAGAUCAGUAUCUUAUCUCUUUAUCUUAUGUGAAAAUAUGUGUUUAUAUGGACGUAUCAUUGAUAGAGAAUGAUUGUCCUUGUUAUUUUCUUACUUUGGGCUUGUUAAUUGCAUGGACAAAAGGCGCCAUGAAAUAAUAGUUUACAAGAAAUUGUGACCAAAUAUGGACUCAAAACUAUGAAUAUGUACUACACUGACUGAUUUUAGAGUUUAUCGCCACAUCCCUACUCACCUUCACUAUGACCGUUGAUUCCACACCACCCCCCUGAAACUGACUAAAAACGCAUGACUGUGUGCCAAACCUGUUUGUUGUUAUGCAACUUCAGAUGCUAGCAUGCCACUCGAUGAAUCCUUUGACCACAACUGAGCUUUUAUUUCUUUUGUCAUCUCAAGGGGGUCACACCAUGGCUUAUUGCCAAAAAGAGAUAAGGUGGCGGAGAGUACGCACACAAAUGGUCUUAUAUUUUGAGGGAGUUGUAGUCCCAACUGCAGAUCUACAGCUUCCAAUAUUGUGGGCCCACGUGGCCACCUUGGUUGAAAUAUCAAGGGUUUGAGCUGGUUGUGCCGCAGUUUUCCUUGGGCUGCCCUUGGCAGUGAAGACCAGGCAAGAGGACCGGUUCAGCAUCCUGUGCUGUCUCUCGUGUGACCAAGUAGGAAAGAGGUUUACAAAUGCAGGCACCCAGAACAGCAGACUUUUGAAGAAAAUAAAUUGAAUCCCAGCAGCUGUUUACAUGGGUGCCUUUGGAAAAUGACAGAGACUUACAGCACUUCUUUUGGGUAGAAGAUCGUUGGAAUGGCAGCCCCUGUUUUUGAGGAUGAACAGUGUGGACAGCCCAUCCAAGUUCAGUUUGCUGAAGAAAUCACAUGUCCUGAGAAGGGGUUGGUUGAAAUAACCUCUCCUGAAGAUAUAAGAAGGCUCAUCCCACAAUUUUAACCAAAGCUAAUUUGAGAGCUUCCCUUCUCCUCAAGAGCCAACCCAUUUCCAACAUUUUCUACAAGUUCUAGAAACAGAGAUACUUUCUAUUCUUUUUAAUACUUUCUUUUCUUUCUUAGUCCAAGGAAUACUAAGAAAAGAUUUGUUUCAGCUUUUGUCACAUUGUUUUGAACAAUUUUUUUAAAAGAAAAGUCUUGAAAUCCUAAUAACUUGGUAGCAAGAGUCAAGAUGACCUUUUACUAACUUGUACUCUCUUGUUCUGAAUUGAAAAGAGUAUAAAAGAAACUCCACUUUCAGUUUAGUCAUUGUAAAGUUUCAAAGUUGAACAAUUUUUUCAGUACUUUUUGACUUUUUUUUCAUAUGAGUACUAUAACAUACAUAGUGAUUAUCAGUUAAGAUAAAGUCAAGAUUUGGUCACAUUUGAUAGUAUUAACUCAUUUCAAUUUUUUGUAGUUCUAUUUAGAUCUAAGUUUUGUCUAUAUUUAGAUUUCUUUAUCUUUUUUUUUUACAUUUCUAAAUGUUUAUCUUAUGCGCAGACCAAAUCUGAAAUCUCAGAAAGCUGUGAAAUAUAGUUGCCAAAAAGAGAGUAUUUUUUCAUCACUUGCUCAAAAGUUACCUAACUGUAUUAGACUGAGCAUUUCUUUGCACAGUAAGGUGUUGGUAGCAUAUUUUGAAAUAGCUUAUUCUAAGUCGAGUUCCAUUAGGAGAAACAUUAUCAAUGAGGAGUAGUCACUCUUUCAGCCCAUGGAUAAUAUGAUUUUUCUCCUGACUUAAUGCCAUUUUGUGGGAAAUUUUCUAGUUUCAUGCAUGGGUUUCACCACCAGAGGGGAGAUUAGUUCAUCCUUGGCUUAUGGGAACAACAGUUAAGAUACAAUUAUAAGACAAGAUUCCUAAGAGCCCUAUCUAUGAUCUCUUUCAUGUUAUAUAACCAAAUGCUCAAUUAUAAAAAAAUGCCUUCUUUUAUUUUCAUUAAGUUUUUAAGAUUGGAAAGAUGUUCAAACUAUUAGAUCAAUCUAAUCAGUCACAUUUCUAGUAACAUUCCACAGUCUGAAGCCAAUUUGGCAUUUUUGAAACAACAGAGGGCAUUUUUCUAACCAUGUCUUGUAUGUCAUGGUUAGGAUAAGGUAUUGUUCAGUGUCUGAAACAAUUUGUCUUAAAUGGAUUGGAAAAAUGAGCUAAAACAGGUAGAACUACAGUCUCUUCAGGAAAACAAACAGUAGUGUAUUUGUGAAAAAUCUGGUGGCUGUAUUUAUUUCAUCCUACCUGUCUUUUCUUCUACUCCUCUAGAACAGCAGGUAUUAAGAUGGAUCACUAUUUAAAACUUGCAUAGCUUCAAAAGAGAAUAAUACCUCAAAAGAUUUUAUGUACAAAAAAAAAUGGUUUUUAAAAAUACAGCCCUUUAAGAAUACUGUGCUGUCCUAUGUGUAUAUUGGGUUUUUGCUUUGACUUGACCACGUUGACUUUUAUUCCAUGAUUAAAGGAAGCUGUAAACUUCCAUUACAUUUAUUUCCUUGGGAGAAACAAAGGGAUGAAAGUGGUCCUCUUUGUUCAGUGGAAUUACUAGGUCUUAAUCACUAUGGAUAAUCUUAAACUUUUGGUUACUAAAAUAUUUUCAACCACCCAUUUUGUCAUCAGUAUAGAGAACCCUCAAAUAAUUGCCUAAUGAACUAAUAAAUUACAUCUGCUUAUAUACAUGUUGGCAGAUACAUAUUUUCCUUAGAUUUCUUUCAUUUAAUUUAUAUUAUUGGAUAGAGGAUUGAGAAAAAAUACAUGAAAAACACAUUGGAAAUAAGUCAAGAUUAGGUCAUUUCUGAUAAGCAUCUUUUAAGGAUACCAAAUUGGUAUGUUUUAGCUUUAAAAUUGUUUUUCAUUCAUGUUGGUGCUGAUGUAUUUCUAUUCUUUUUCUUUAUGGACAGUGCAACUCUACUAUGGAUAAUUUCAUUUCUCUGUUUAAUUGCAUUCCUAAACUGUUAGUGUGUUAUUAUGUUUUUAAAGUUUUUGAAUUUGCUGUAAUUAUGGCUCAAUGGCCAGACUUCCUUAAUGUAAAACAAAACAAAACAGUGUACCUGUAGAUAAUGUGUCUUUACUUGGAUCAUGGAUCCUCUUAUUUCAUGUUCUUUUCAUAUACCAUAUGCCUUUUAUCAGCUUUCAUUCUCAUCUUUUAGCUUAUAUGAUGUGAUUAAGUGUGACGAAACCAGAGCUGGACAAGUCUGCAUAUAUUCAUACUGUACCUAACACACAAAUAUGCCAAAUUUUUCUUCUAGUUUUCAUUUUUAUUAUGAAAAGCAGUCUUGAAGAAUUUUUCUUUCUUAUUUGAUUUUAUAGGAAACAUGAGAAUAUCUUGAAUUUCUAUCCCCAGAAAAGUCUGUUCUCGAAUUUACUCUCUGUGCAUGAUGUUCUAAUGGAUCAGUAAGAAUUUAAGCAUCCAAAAGUUCAUUCUACAUGUCCUUUGCUAUUUUGGAAAAUGGUUGAAUCAGCAUGUCAGUACCUAUGGAAAAAUUGUCUUCAGUAUCUUAUAUUUUUAUCACUUAGAAAACGACUUUAAUUUUCCAAGGUUUUUGUUUUUCUAAUGUUUCUAUGGUAGCAUAAAAUCUUAACACCACUUUUUUUUUCCCCUGUAUGUAUUAUCUUGCCCAGAAGUAAGUCAUGUUUGUGUGGUGGGUGGUGUUUUAAUAUCUUCUAAUAAGUGACCACAGGAAUCUGAAAAUAUUGAUAUUUUUCUCUUUCUUGAUAAGCAAGUUAUAUUAAUGAUUGACAUUACCAAAAAUGAACUUAGUUCUAACUUCUGCCAAAACGAAACAACAAAACAAAAACCCUGUUAUCUCUAGAAAGUCAAGUCCAUAGCAAUCUAAUCUUAUGUUCUCAUAAAUAACAAGUAAGAAUAAUUAUAUGUUUUAUUCUGGCUAUUAAAAUCAUUCAUUCCUAGUGGAAUUCACAUGUUUGACCAAUUAUGAUGCUACUGACCUUUACUCCCUAUUUCUUCCCACUUUUGUUGAAAUAUGUUCAUAUUGGCUAAAUUUACUAUACGCCAUUAACAGAGAUAACCCUUCCAACUUAAAUUUUUAGUGGAUUUCGUUUUUGCUGAUCCAAUGCUGAAACAGUUUAAUGGCAUGUAUGGUUUUUUGGAGUGUAUUUAAAUGAGUAAGAUCCCCUGUGCUGCUUGUUGACAGAGCUGCCCUUUGGCAAUAGGAGGACUUUUUCAACCUGACCUGUUACGAUUUCUUGAUAACAAAGAAAGUACCAUUUCUCAAAAUGCAGGAUAUUUUCACAUAUCUCAGCAAUAUUAACAAAUUGGAUUCACAAAAGAAUGUCUUACAUAUUGACAUUUAUGUGAAUAUUCUUUAUACUGUUGUAAAUGUUUCAUGCAACGUAACAUUUUUAAAAGAUGUAUGUAUCUGAUUUUCCUUUAGAAAAUAUUAUAUUUUUAUUUGUGUUUUUUACAUUUUAAAGUUCAUCUCUAUGUGCAGCUAUUUUUAUAUUGCCAAAAAAAUCACAAAUACAAAAUAAGAGGAAAAUGCAAAAAAAAGAAAUAUUUUGGCAAGGAUUAUGCUGCGUAUUUUUCUUAAUGUUUUGUGGGCCAGUCUCAUGUAAUUGAUUAUUUUGAGAAUAUGUUGUGUCUUAUCGCUGUAAAUAUGGCACAAACCUGUUUUUCUCAGUAGUGUAAAUAAUUGAAAGAUUGAAUUCUCUCUGUUUGAUUUCUCAUUUGAAUUUCAUUAUAAUUUCUCCAGCUGACAUUGCUGAAUCAGAAGAUACGUGUGGUUUUCAAUUUCCAGUUUGGAAAUAAUUGCAUUGUGUUCAAUUUCUAAUUUGUUUUUAUUUGUUUUUUUAACUUGUUUACAGUGUUCCUAGUUUGUGAGAAGUUGAUCUUCAGAAUUAUUUUUACACUAUUUAUGACUUAUUUUCAUAAUGUAAAAAGUGUGUAAUUAUUACAAUAUUAAUCCAAACAAUGGUAAUGAAUUGUAUUGUUAUAAAGUUUUAUUGAUGUUCUUGAA